AUGGGACGCCGGAGGACGCAGCGAGCAUGCGCGAGCGUUCCGAGCAUGCUCAGUAGCGCGCGCCGCUCCCCGGAGCUCCUCCGGCGAUCCGCGAGCGACGCGGAGGUCUGUGCGGCUGCUGCGGGAGCGACAGGAAGUGAAGCGGCCCUGCCGGGCUACCGCAGCGGCCGAAGCAGAGGCGGAAGGGGCGCUGCGGCGGCGACGACGUCGUCGACGGGGGCGGCCGAGGGAGCUGAGCGCGGAGGGGACCUUCCGGCUCCGAAGCCGGAUCCCGAGCCGGGCGGGAUGGAUCAUCACCAGCUGGCUACUGGCCGCUACCAGGUGCUUCACAAUGAAGAAGAUAAUUCAGAACCAUCUGCUAUAGAACAGCCAUCCACUUCACACCCAACAGCACAGAUCAUGCAGACAGCUCCUUCAGCACCAGCACCUGAAACUGAUUCUUCUCCUCCACCUUACAGUAGUAUUACUGUGGAAGUACCUACAACUUCAGAUACAGAAGUUUACAAUGAGUUUUACCCUGUGCCACCUCCCUACAGUGUUGCUACCUCUCUUCCUACAUAUGAUGAAGCUGAGAAGGCCAAAGCUGCUGCAAUGGCAGCUGCAGCAGCAGAAACAUCUCAAAGAAUUCAGGAGGAAGAGUGUCCACCAAGGGAUGACUUCAGUGAUGCAGACCAGCUGAGAGUGGGUAAUGAUGGCAUUUUCAUGCUGGCAUUCUUCAUGGCAUUUAUUUUCAACUGGCUUGGAUUUUGUUUAUCCUUCUGUAUCACUAAUACCAUAGCUGGGAGGUAUGGUGCUAUCUGUGGAUUUGGCCUUUCAUUGAUCAAAUGGAUCCUUAUUGUCAGGUUUUCUGAUUAUUUUACUGGAUAUUUCAAUGGACAAUAUUGGCUUUGGUGGAUAUUCCUUGUACUUGGCCUGCUUCUUUUCUUCAGAGGAUUUGUUAAUUAUCUAAAAGUUAGAAACAUGUCUGAAAGUAUGGCAGCUGCUCAUAGAACAAGAUAUUUCUUCCUAUUAUAGAGACUGCAUCAAUCUGACAUUCCCUUCUCUACCAAUGUGAAAUUGCAAGAUCAUCUGUAAACCUACAACUUAAAUAGAAGACUAUUAAAAGCAGAAGACAAAUUAGUGAAGAAAAGAUAGAGCUUCAAAAUUGAAUGGCAGGUGGUUUGUGCUUAAAAGCCAGUUCUGUUCAUUCUUUAAAUAUUUGUAUUUCAUUUGUUUUGCACAUUUGCGUAUGUGCCCAUAUAAAAUUUUGCAUAUACUUGAAAGAAACCAUAAAGUUGUAGCAGUAAAAUCCAGUCACAUUUGGUUAAUCAGUGUUUGAUACAAUUAAAAGAGCUGAGUGAUUGACAGUCUUCCAGCAUGUAAAUGCCAUUGACUUCUGACCUGACAUUUAGGAUAAUAAAAAUGAAAUUAUUAACCAUG